AGCUGUGUAGACUCAAAGGGACCGAUGCGCUGACAGGAAAGCGUGCCAAUGCUCUGCUGCCGUGAUGCCCGUGACGGGCAAGCACCGGCCGUACGUGUACGAACGCCCCUGAACUCCGUCUGGGGCACGCCAUCCUUGGCCCCUGCGGAGGUCCGGUCGGAGGCAGAUGACUUCGAGCAGUGUUGGGACAAGUUGCGCAAUCUGCACGUGCAGGAGUGUUCGCGCUUAAGGGCCCAGCUCCAAGAGAUGCGCCUCAGGGCGGAGCAGGACGACAUCGCCGCGGAGGGCACGGCACUUCCGAGCCGGGUCAGCUUGAGCGACCUGGAUGAGGUAUCGCCUGAAGUGAUGGCAGAGAAGUUUGAGGGUGAGGCAGAGGUGGAGAUCGAGUUACCGCCGAACCGCCUCAGCUACACUCAAAUUCUCUCCAGCCAGGAGGCCUUGCCCACAAUCACCGAAGAGGAGUCGCAGAAGGAGGCACUAUCUCCUGAGGAGAAGGGCCGACAGUCGCAGAUUCACCUGGCGGAGAAGAUCGAAGUGCUGGGGAAGGAGCUGAAGAAGGUGCGCUCCAUGAAUCUUUUGAAGGUGGACAGGAGUCAGCUAAGCUUAUCCUACCUGGUGCAGCAUCCUCUCUUCAACGCCUUGACGGCGUUCAUGAUUGUCUUCAACGCAGUGCAGAUCGGAUAUGACGCUGAGCUAUCAGCUGCCGGAAAGACACCUGGAAUUCUGGUGCAGCUUUGGUCGUUCGUUUGCACAAUCUACUUUGCAGUGGAGUGCGCCCUCCGCAUUCGGGUCUUUCGCUGGGCCUUUUUCUACGGCGAGGCCUGGACUUGGAACUGGUUCGAUCUGCUUCUGGUGGUCUGUUCCGCUGCCGACCUGGUGCCCCUGCUGAGUGGCAGUGAGGACAGCUCCAUUGUCCUGUCAGCGAUUAGGGCAUUGAAGAUGCUGCGCAUCAUUCGCGUCUUCCGCGUGUUUCGGGUCAUCAAGCAGCUUUCCAACUUGAUGGUCAUGAUUGCAGACUCAUUGAGUUCCCUGCUUUGGGCGAUGGUGAUGCUUGUCAUCAUCAUGUACGUCUUCGCAAUUGGCAUCAUGAACUUUACCUCUGACUGGGCCCACGGCCAGAGCGACUCGAGUGCAGUGGCCCGGGUCACGGGCUACUUCGGAUCUUUGGAUGUCUCCUUCUACACCUUGGCCAUCGUGAUGCUGGGAGGGGUGGACUUCGCCGAAGUGCUGGCAGACCUCAUGCUGGUAGGCUGGGUUCCGUUUACCCUACUGAUGUUCUUCGUGCUCUUCACCAACCUCGCGGUCUUGAAUGUCGUGACAGGUGUCUUUGUGGACCGUGCCCUGGAAGCUGAGAAGUCACAGCGGGAGUAUCAGGUGGAGCGAGUGCUCAAGGCGCAAGUGCUGUUCAACAAGCAAAUUGUUGCCCUGCUUGCGCAGAUCGACAGCAAUUCCGAUGGUCGCAUCAGUCGCGAUGAGCUUCAUGCCAUGCUGGAGGAUGACAAGCUGAAAGCCCACUGGGAAACCCUGGGCUUGACUGACUUCAACAAGACCAAGCAAGCUGAUCGCUUGUUCGACCUGCUGGACGAAAACGGCGACGGCGCCAUCUAUGUGGACGAGUUUCUGGACAAGUGCGGCCUCAUGCGAGGUCCAGCCAGUGCCUUGGAGCUUUUGGCUGUGCAGACAGAAUGUGGCCACAUCCGGCGCUACCUGAGCCAACUGAUCGCAGGAAAAGCGAACACAAACGGUGCCGAUCAGCAGUGAUUGUUGCUUCGUCAAUUUUUAAUUGGCAGGCUGCCUCAACUACCGGCCACGGACAACGUACAAGAGCUUGCUACUCUUGGCAUUUGGCCUCACGCAGCCUUUGUGCCAACCCGCAUGACGGGCGGGCAAAAGGCCAGAAGGCACCACUUUGCUUGGUUCACAGGAAUGCAGAGGCAUAUGUCUGUUGGCCUGACUUCCGCAGGUAGGCCAAUGCUCAGCAAAGUCUGCGAGAGAUGGCCAGCAGCUUUGUCCCAGAGUGGCAGGUCCGUUUAUGAUGGGGUUGCGGUCGGCUUUUGGCAUGCUUCAUGUGUGACA